GCCAACCGAUGGACAACGAGCAGGCCAUGCUGAACGACACAGCGAGUGGACUGCGCUACUGCUGACUGUCACAGGCCUAUUUCAAGGGGGCUCGCGGCGUCCGCCAGCGACAAAGCCGGUUGAUUUUACUGAGCGGAGUACUUUAGAAGCGACUAUGGCUUCCAACGGAGGACGAGCCGACAACGGCAUCGCCUUGACGAGUAGUAACAUUGCUCUUACAGAGAAGCCUGCCAUCGCAUUCACAAAGACCAAGCGCUCGACUCUAGAGAAAUGUUUGAUGAUCGUAUCCGCCAUCUUGCUUCUGGCCGCCAUAACCUUCCUCGUCGCCUUUGUCGUAUAUUACGAGAAGACGGAAGAACUACAGAAUGUGUGCACAACAGAGGAAUGCGUAAUGGCAGCUUCCCGCCUGAGCUCGGUGAUGGACGCAUCUGUGAACCCAUGUGACAAUUUCUACGACUUCGCCUGUGGCUCGUGGAUGAAGAAGAACGUCAUCCCCGAAGACAGGUCGUCCCUCGACAUGUUUGGCGUUCUCCAGGACGAAGUUUUAGUCACGCUAAAAAAUCUGCUGGAGACUGAGAGAGAGAAUGAAAUUGAUUCAGUGAAGAAGGUGAAGGCUCUCUAUGCUUCCUGUAUCAACGAAACGCGGUUGGAAGAGAGAGGUGCCGACCCCGCGGUGCAGUUCCUUGUGACCCUGGGGGGCUGGCCAAUGAUUAACUCGUCGUGGAAGGUGGACGACUUCGACCUGGAGGGGUUACUCAUCCACCUACGGAGGUACAACAACGCCCCCAUCAUCAGCAUGAGCGUCGGCACCGACCUCAAGAACUCUUCUCGCCGAAUUCUUUACGUUGACCAGGCAGACUUUGGAAUGCUGGGACAGAAGUACUACCAGCGAGGUCGCGAUGACGUCAUGUUGUUGGCGUACGAGAAACUCAUCAUCAACAUUGCCUCAGAACUGGGUAACCACGUCGCGGACGUCGCCGCGGACGUGAAGGACAUCGUGGACUUCGAGAUAAUGUUGGCCAAUAUCUCAGUACCUGCGGAGGAGCGGCGUGACAGCGAGGACUUGUACAACAUGUACAACAUCUCUCAGCUAGCAACCAGCUACCCCAAGUUCGACUGGUUGCGGUAUUUCCAAGAACUGAUGAACAUGACGGAGGUGGAACUGGAGGUAAAAGAGGGAGAACCAGUCAUCAACAGGUCGCCGAGGUACUUCGAGAAACUAAUGGAAUUGCUUGAGACAACGUCCAACAGGACACUAGCCAACUACAUUGUAUGGCGUAUAAUGAUGAACCGAGCUCACAAUCUGAACGAGAAAUACCGCGAUUUCUUCCAGGAGUAUGACGAGGUCAUCUAUGGAACGUCGACGUCGAGGGCGCGGUUCCGUACUUGUGCAGCUUAUGUUGUCAACAACGUUGGCCGGGCUGUGGGCAGGAUGUUCGUGGAUGCCACAUUCGACGAAGCAUCCAAAACGAACGCGGACGAGAUGAUUACUAACCUGCGAGCCUCCUUCAAAUCAUUACUCGACGAACUCGACUGGAUGGAUGGUGCUACCAAGGCCGUAGCCAGAGACAAGGCAGAUGCCAUUAAUCCCAAGAUUGGCUAUCCCAAUGAUAUAUUGAACAACACACUUCUCAAUAUGCUCUAUGAAAAUAACACAUACGAUCCACUGAAGUAUUUUGAGAACGUCCUACAGAACAUUCAGCGGUCAACGAUCAAUAAUCUGAAGACACUACGACAAAGGGUGGACAGAAAUGUGUGGACCACAGCGCCGUCAACGGUCAACGCCUACUACAACUCGCUCACAAACCAGAUCAUGUUUCCUGCAGGGAUCUUACAACCACCAUUCUACAGCAAGACCUACCACAAGUCCCUGAACUACGGAGGUAUAGGUGUGGUGAUCGGCCAUGAGAUUACCCACGGUUUCGACGACAGAGGGCGCCAAUACGACAAGAACGGUAACUUAGUCCAGUGGUGGAGUGACGACGCCAUCGGCAAGUUCAAGUCCAAGUCCCAGUGUAUCAUAGACCAAUAUUCCCAGUAUUCAGUGCCAGAGGCGGACAUGAAGAUAAACGGAAUUAAUACCCAGGGUGAAAACAUUGCCGAUAAUGGCGGAGUUAAACAAAGUUACAGAGCGUACCGGAAGUGGGUAGAGGAGCAGGGCAAGGAGGAGCAAUUACUUCCGGGUCUCAAGUACAACAACAAUCAGCUGUUCUUCAUCAGCUUCGCACAGAUCUGGUGCUCUAACAUGAGGCGAGAGAACGCGAUCAACCGGAUCCUUACGGGUGUUCACAGCCCAGGUAGAUUCAGAGUUAUCGGCACUAUGCAGAACUCACAGGACUUUAGUGAUGCCUUCAGCUGUGCCCGAACGUCGUACAUGAACCCCGAGAAGAAGUGUCAUGUCUGGUAGAGUCUCAGGCUGGCUGACCGCUUCCUGGACAUACACGUGCAGGGAAAACACUUUACCUCAUGCAGGUGUUGAUGUCAGGUGUCAGUGGUUUUAACGCGCAGGUGAACGUGACAGGUGUCAUUAUUACCUUGUGGAGGUGUUAAAGACAGGUGUCAUUGUUACCACGUGGAGGUGUUAGUGACAGUUGUUGUUUUGACCUCAUGCAUGUGAUAUUGACAGGUGUCAUUGUUACCUCGAGGUGAUAGUGACAGGUGUCAUUGUUACCUCGAGGGGUUGGUGACAGGUGUUAUUGUUACCUUGUGGAGGUGUUAGUGACAGGUGUCGUUUUAACCUCAUGCAGGUGAUAUUGACAGGUGUCAUUGUUACCUCGAGGUGUUGGUGACAGGUGUUAUUGUUACCUCUUGAAUGUGUUUGUGACAGAUGUCGUUUUAACCUCAUGCAGGUGAUACUGACAGGUGUCAUAUAUACUUUGUGGAGGCGGUAGUGACAGGUGUCAUUGUGACCUCGUGGAGGUGACAGGUGUCAUGGAUUCCUCGAGCAAGUGAUAUUGGCAGGUGUCACUGUGACCACGUGUAGUGACAGUGGCAGUUGUCAUUGUUACCUUAUGCCGGUAAUGGUGACAGGUGUCACUGUUACCUUGUGCAGGGGUUACAGUGACAUAUAUCAUGUUACCUCUUGCAGAUGUUGAUGACAGGUGUUUUUGCUACGUUGUGGAGGUGUUGGUGAUAGUUGUCACUGUGAUCAUAUGCAGGUAACAGUGACAGGUGUCAUUUUCCCUCGUUGCAGGUGACAUUGACAAGUGUCAUUGUGAUCUCAUGCAACGAUAGUGACAGUUGUCAUUGUUUCCUGCAGAUUACAACUGACAGAUGUCACUACGACCUCUUACAGGUGGCAAUAAUAGGUGUCAUUGUCACCUAAUGCAGGUUUGUAAUCUAGUUUUGAUGAUUCUGUUAACAGUUGAAGUAAUCAUUGAAUAUGAAGCUUCACUGACAUUACAAUCAGAAUCAAGGUAUUCUGAUGGAAAACAGCGUGCUCGCCUUUCAAAAUGAGCUGUUUAGAUGCAUAGAACUUGAAAACAACUCUGAAAUCAAUUACCAUAAUAUACUCAUAUCUUUGGGAUGCUCACAAAAGUCAAUUAAUGCUGUGUCUAUUUAUUAAGAUAAUUACUUUAUACACUGAAAGCCCACAAUAAAAGUGUUUAUAAAUAUUUAUCCAGGUGUCCAUGAAACCAGACAUAAUCAAAGGUUUCUGUGAAAGAACUAAUUGAAUGUUCUAUUUGUAAAUAGAUAAUAUGUACAUUGUUUAAUUCAAAAUGUACAAAUAUGUAAAUAUCACUGAAUCUUUUAAAUUUUAUCUUCAUGAAAGAUAGUUUUCAGUUGAGUAAUUAUUUAUUCAUUCUGUGGUUGUAUCAUUGUCAUUGUUUUUACACAUAAUGUUCAUGGCGAAGUCUGGUUUUCGGCAGGUGAAAAAGAAGUCAAAGUAAACUGAGGCUCAGUAUUAUUCGUUACACUGCUAUUAUAUACAGUAUACAGUAUAGCAGUGUAACGAAUAAUACUGAGCCCAGGUCCCUCAUUCUCGAAACGUUCGUAGCCCUAAGAAUUCUUAACUUUGAUCGUAGCUAAUGUGUUAAGAUUGGGCUUAAGCAGUUCGUAGGGCUACGAACGUUUCGAGAAUAGCUAGCCAGGUUUACUUAGACCAGUGAAAAAGUCACGGAAGUCAAGUGGGCCCUGCUCACUUCAUGUGAAAUCCUAUAUAAUAUUGAAGCAAUGUGUUGAGCUUAAUAAAAAAGCUCAUAAAAGUAUUUCACUUUUUUCGAGAGGCAAAUGGAAAUGGACGGUUUACAAUGAAAUAUUGGGAGGGUAGGAAAUGUAAACUUUCCAAAUAAUGACAAGGAUUAGGGUAAGGUCAUUAAUUUCUGCACAUAAUUCGAUCAAAACACAAGGUAACCCCUUGUAACAAACGACAGGUCCCUAAUGAAUCCACAUUCAUGUUUUGACAUGGUUUUCCACAUUUGUAUGCAAACUGCAGUUUCGAAACAAAUUACUGUUUGCUUUGCUUGAAAACUCAUCUUGUUACCGCGAAUAUAUACAUGAUCAGGAGAUCCAAAUUCUUGACCAUUUCGUGCAGCAUUUUCUGAAACUAUCACACCAUUUAGAUUACUCCUCAGUGGUCGCCAACAGCUGUUAAAUAUACGUGCUAAACAGUGACUUCCGCCCUUGAACAGUAUCACUGUUAAAAUACCCGACAUGUUGCCAGUGUCAACCCCAGAGGAAUAACAGAUUUAUUUCAUUAUUUUAAAUAUACAUUGUUAUAUAAUUCUUUUUUUACUCUUCUGGCAUUUCAUUUUUGUGAAUGAUGGAAAUAUUCUUGGUGAAUCAAAAUGCCAAACAUAUGCGCUAAACCGAUAUGUUUGCUACAGGUGAAGAGCAAAUUAAGCUUAUUUUUUAAGUUGGGUUAUUGUUUUAAGACUCCCCAUAAAUAAAGCAAAUCCAACCCCAAUACACAGUGUAGCUGAACAGAUAACAUUCUGUAUAUACUCUCGAUGCAUGUAUUCGAUAUACUUCUCAUGCAAAACAGAUAUAUGUUUCCCAUGUUUAAUAAAUGUUCAUAUUUGCUGAACAAAAACACGAUUGUAUUCUCAUAUAUCAUUAAUGUUCAUGUACAAUAAACGUCUGUAUUCUCAUAUACCUUUCAUAUCCGUACGCUUGUUAAGCAAUAACAGCUAUAUUCCCAUAUACUAUCAGUGUCCAUAAACAAUAUACGGCAGUUUUCCCAUAUACCAUUAACGUCCAUAUCCUGCUUAUACUCAAGUGCUGUAUUCUCGUAUACUACAAAUGCCCAUAUCAUGAUUUAUAAUGUACAUCUGUAUCACCACAUGAUUUAUGUCCAUAUUCCGCUCAUUUAAGAAGCAUAAUAUAAAUAAAUAUAUUCCCAUAUGUUAUUAAUUUCUAUAUUUAAACAGUAAGAAAUAUUAUAAUAAUUCUCAUAUACACAUAAUGUCCACAUCUCUUUGAACUAUAAUAAUGUUUGUAUUCUCGUUGUAUCUCCGCGAAAUGAUUUUGCCAUUUCAUGCUGGUUUCAUAUUUUACUACCCACUAUCCUAGUUUCAUACUAUUAACAUAAAACUCAAGGUCACUGGAGCUUUAUGUAACACCAUUCGCAGGUUUGCGCAACAGACUGCAAGUGCAAAAUGUCAUACCUUAACCUAAGGGACGUCACUCCUGCUAGAUAACACGGACCUAACUUUCGGUCCCACACAAAUUGUUCAGACAGAUUCCCUUUUAUAGGAAUGAGACGUCGGUAUGUCCAACUGUAGUUCAGCUGUAUGAAUAACGCGUUAACUUGCCCCCCUCGUGAUCUAACCAGGGUCCCGUUCCACAAAGCGGUCUUAAGGCGAUCGAAACCUUACGAUGAUUAUAGAGCUGAGAUGACUUUGCGGGACUGGCGUCUGGCAUCGUUUCACGAAGCGUCUUAACACUAAGACUAUCGUACCUCCCAUAAAAAACACAGCCUUCGUCUCAGCACGAAGAUCGCUUUGAGAAUAUGGCUAUGCUACUUUGUAAUGACUACUUUUUAGAGAGGGACAAUAAUGAAUUCCAUAUUUAUCAAUAUAAACGAUUACAAUAUGCAUAGCUGGUAGAAAUCUGAGGGCCUGAUUUCCCAUGUAUCAUUGUUUUCUGUUUGUUAAAGGAAUAUAUUAUUCCACCUUGUACAUACUGUAUUAAUAAUGUCAGAGAAAAUACAUUUAAAUAAAGUUUUAGGACGACCUUUUUUUCAUUUUGUCAAAGUUUCAGUGAAAUAAGCCUCGUUUAUCUGGACACUGUAACUCUGUAUGUUUAGUCAGUUAAAACAUGUUUUAUUCACAAAGUGAAAAGGGUCGGGGACGAGUUCUUGCAACUUAUAUAAUUCCUCUCAACGAAUAUUUACAAUAACAAAAUUUCAGCUCUGUAUACCCACGCUUAGUUAACCGGACACAUGCUAAUCAGGACGCUUCAUCUUCGAACAGUAUCAACCAAACGAACUACGUUAUCGUGCAUUACAUAAUACAUAUGCUCCUUUUUCACUAACAUGCUUUUGAACUUCCUGUUGUAAACACGUCACAUCAAAAAGCCCUCCGAAAUUCGCCGAAAAAAAGUUACCUCUCUUUGUCGUGUCAGAACCCGAUAAUUCCAGGUUCCCCCAGUCUAAGUAAACUUAGGCUCAGUAUUAUUUGUUACACUGCUAUGCUGAGUCUAACAAACCCUAGUGGAAUAAUACUGAUCCUAAGUUUACUUAGACUGAGGUUCCCCUUGAUUGUGUUUCUUGGUUUAUAAGCGUUACAUACCAGUCAUGCUCGCAAAAUACGUCUGCAUGCUGCUUCAGUUUCCUCAAUCCCAAUCAGAUCUGUUGUUUGAAUCAAAGUAGCAUGUGAAACGGAACCUUAACAUGGCACGUGAUAAAACUGAAAACUUGAAAGUGAACGCGACUUUAAACCCACCUCACACAAUCACUUUUGAGUUUUCGAUGUAUCUUUCUAUUCUUGUUAAACAGGCAUAUUUACAUGUAUUUUCUUCAUUCGGUACGUGUUGCUAAAACUGUUUUCCAAUCAACUGGUAGUCACCAUUUGCAGUUGUUUAAUGCCUUUGUUUGAUUUGAAAUGUCUGACUGAAGAUUCACGUUACUUGAUGCAAAUGUAUCAUAAUUAUUAUUAUAAAAGAGGCUAUUUAUCAGUUGUACACGUACAUAUCAUUAUCGCAUAGUUUGUCUCGGUACAGUGAAACUUUAUUAACUCGAAGCCCAUGGGUCUGUCGAGUACAUAUUUCGACUCAAGUACAUAUCAGAUAUCACAUCUUGGCUCUUAAAUCUUUUGGUGGCUCCACAAAAUUACAUAAUCUGAAACGAUAUGUUGGAGUUCGAGUUCGAGAUAGUCUUCGAGUGAUCAUUCAAAGCUUAUUCUCCCAAUGAACCUUGCAAUCGUUUAGAGUCACUGUUUUUGUACUGCAAAUAUGUCUUAAGUGGAAUUUCUAUCACUAGUGCCGUGUGCAGAAAGGAAAUACAUUGUGACGUGUGAAGGUCACGUGUUUUCUAAGAUCUUCCAGUCUUUGGAUAACGCCCGAUGACUUCCUUUUAUGAAGUUUCACUGUAGUGUUUUGUUUGAUUAGUGUCUUUGUAUUAUCGUGUAAUUUGUUGGCGAAUUCAUUAACAUUGUACAGGGAAAUAUACCAAUGAUUGAUGAAAACGCACACGAUAUUUUAGCACAAAGAACGGACGGUCAAGGGGAGGGCCAACCAACGUCUGUACGAUUAGGACGUACUUUUUAUACUGUAUUAUCUUCAAUUCGUACAACGUACAUUACAAAUAUUAUACUAAAUAUCAUUGCAAUGUUUCUCAUCUCAAACUUCAACCAGCAUGAUUAUGGGCGGGCGAAAAAAUAUAAUGUUUUUCACGAAUUGUGUAACUUAUUUUAACAACUUUUAGAAUUAAGAUAAGUUUAUUUAAUUUAUGAUGUAGAUCGAGUUUCUUUGUAAUUUAACUUUUGAACUAUUUUAAUUACGAAUGUGCACGGUUAUUUUCUUUAUCACAUAGGGGCAUUACUUCCACAGGGAUGGUGAAAAAAUUGAUAUAAACGAUUCAUAUCGGGCGGGAGGAUGGGAAACAUGGAAAACAUAUAUGCACAGUCUAAAAGGGACGUUUUAUGUAAUGCCUCAAUACUGUUCAGGAAGUAUGUCCUCGUUUGAAGCAUAAUAUAUGUGUCAGUUCUACUGGACUUGACAUCUGCCUCACACAGGAUGGGGUGGGUUCGAUGAACGCAGCACAAGGGUUUCGAAAGUCAGGUCGCAACAAUCGCCCUUAAUCAAUCGUGCCAGGAUCCGCUUAUCGUGUAUUCGUCACGGUUAAGAUUUUUUUUCAUUUGUUAGCACCACACCAGAAAAAGAGAUAAUUUUCCAUUUUCCUUUGCUCAUGCGGAUUUUGUGCAAGGUUUUCAGUACGUUUCUUACAAGAACACAUUUCAGAGUGACAAAAUGGUCUUAAAUACAUGUACCAAAUGGCGUCCUUCAACUGUACAGGUCGUGUCUUUGAAUCCCAGUCAUGACCCUUGUCCUUGAAGUCCCCCCUCCGAGCAGGACAGGCAUUGUAAUAUAACUGAAAUAUUGAGGCGACCUUUCUCUUUUUGUAUACUGAGUGCGAAAAUUGAUUCAUUCUUGCUCAAACAUCACAAAGAGUGAAAGACAUGCAUCUUGAUUUAAAUAUACUGAUGGAAAGAAAUAAGGGAACGUACAAGUUUCGCAAUAAAAUGGAUAUCUGCGUUAACUCAGGAUUCAUACCAAAUUUCAUUCACGUUUCCAUAUUUUAGCUCUCUAUUUCAUGUAACACCACCAUCAUACAAUUUACAUAUGAAAACAAUGUAUGCUUCAAGGCAUGUCGCCAAUUUGAAGCAGUCAAUCGUUUAAAGGUGCAUGACUACAGUUACUGGCCAUAAAUAGUUUAUAUACAAGUUUGUUUCCAUGAGUUUCAAAAAUACUUUCACGAAGUAUCAAAAUAAAUCUACACAAAGUAAUUUGUUUCGUUGGAUAUUGCACAAAAACACUGCACGCUCAAUAUCUAUUUGCAAGACCUUUUCUAAAGUAGUACCUGAAGGCUUAGAAAAGCAAGCCAAUGAAAUCCUGAUGCAUAGUGUGAUCAAACAAGCACAAUUUGGGGACCUUUCUCCCCAAGUAUUUAUCGAAUUUACCAGUGACAAAUCCGGGUUAGGAUGGGUCUUCAACAACCAGUGCUAGCCGUAAGAGGCGACUAACGGAAUCGGGUGGCCAGGCUCGCUGACUUGGUUGACACAUGUCAUCGUAUCCCAAUUUCGUGGAUCGAUGCUCAUAAUGUUAAUCACUGGAUUGUCUGGUCUGCCUAGAUUAGUUACAGACUGCUGUCAUGUAGCUGGAACAUUGCUGCGUUAAACAAAAUAUCAUGAGAAAGUUGGUUCCCUUUGUAGCCGUUCUCUUUUUUCUCGCUGUCAGUAUAUCUCUGAAUUAGGAAGUCAUUUGACUUCCUGUCACGUCACAACAGUUUCUUGUAUGUCAGUACAUAAUGUCCAUGUUGUUUCCCCUUUUAUUUUGAAACAAAUUAUUUCAGCUCACAAUAAUUUUGUCAUUUCGUUUUUACCUUUGAUACAUAAAAACUUCAUAUAUCUUAAUGGAAUCUAUAUUUGUCAUUGUAAAUACUUCAUGUAACUGUGAUAAUAAUAAAUUUAGUUUCAUUAUACAUUGAU